GUUUUACAAGACAUCAGCCUCUUCGUCACUUAAUCAUCUUCUGCAGCGAAGAAGCCGCGCCAUGUUGCCUCUGCUCGUUUUGAUGCUGUGGGUGAACACAGUCCUGUCGGCCAUGACGACCGACCCAACGCUGGAUCAGCACUGGGAGCUGUGGAAGAACCGCUACAGUAAAACCUACAAUAAGACAGAGGAAGGUUGGAGGCGGAUGGUGUGGGAGAAAAACCUGAAGAAGAUCGAGCUGCACAACCUGGAGCAGUCCAUGGGGAAACACUCCUUCACCCUGGGGAUGAACCACUUUGGGGACUUGACUAACGAGGAGUUCAGGCAGAUGAUGAACGGCUACAAACCCAGAGCAGAGAAAAAGGUCAACGGGUCAUUGUUCAUGAAGCCCAACUUCCUGAAUGUCCCAUCUUCUGUGGACUGGAGGGAGAGCGGCUACGUCACACCUGUCAAGUACCAGGGCGGGUGUGGCUCCUGCUGGGCUUUCAGUGCCACCGGGGCCAUGGAGGGCCAGCUCUACAGAAUGACCGGCAGACUCGUGUCUCUGAGUGAGCAGAACCUGGUGGACUGUUCACGACCUGAGGGGAACGAAGGCUGCAGCGGUGGGUGGAUGGACCGUGCCUUUCAGUACGUUUUAGACAACGGAGGUCUUGACUCAGAGUCUUCCUACCCGUACAUGGGAGUGGACAUGCCAUGCCACUAUGAUCCCAGGUACAGCGUCAUCAGCCUUGCAGGAUACGCCGACGUCCUCAGUGGCAGCGAGGCAUCUCUGAUGGAGGCCGUGGGCUCUGUGGGGCCAGUUUCCGUUGCCAUUGACGCCGGUCAUACGUCUUUCCAGUUUUACCAGUCAGGCAUCUACAGUGAACAGGACUGCAGCAGCCUGGACCUGGACCACGGCGUGCUGGUGGUGGGUUAUGGCACAGCGCAAAGUCUCCUUUCUGAUGCAAAUUACUGGAUCGUCAAGAACAGCUGGGGCUCCAGCUGGGGUGACAACGGCUACAUCUACAUGUCUAAAGACAACAACAACAACUGCGGCAUCGCCACCGCUGCCAGCUACCCUCUGAUCUGAUGAGCAUCCUCACAUCGGAGCACGUUGCACUGCUGGUCUGUUUCCUUGGCCUGAAAGUGGAAAAUAAGUUUAUAAAAUCUUUAAUGAGGGGAAAAAGUACUUGAUGAUUGGGCUUUUGUUUAUUUGGUUUUACUGACUGAUAUUUCUUUAUUUGUUUUCAAAGUUAUUAAUGGUAAAUUUGAGCGUGAUUCUUUUCUUUUUUUAUGUAAUCAAUAAACGUUGUAAACCAACAUCUGUCCAGACUGAUGUUUCUACCUUAUAGUUUCUUAUAAAUGGUUGCAACAAAAGAAAAGAAACUUCAGAGUAAUGCAUCAUGGCAACAAAAAAAAGAAAGGACAAACGUGUAAAACCCAAUUUUACCACUUAACAUUAACAUUUAAAUAUUUGGAGUUUAUUACAAGUCAAAUUUAAAAUCUUGUUUACAAAGCCGACAUACAUUUAGUUUUAUCCAAAAAGAAAAAAAAAAAGUCUGAAUCUUUCAGGUGAUAAAACAUCAGUUGAUGGAAAACGUAAUAUCCAACACAUUCAGCUUUUAUGAGAACUUCUUCACAAACGACAGGUA